UUUUAGACAAUUAUUUGCAGAAACUCUCAUAGUAUAGUAACCCAUUCAGCAGUCCCUGGAAACUAUCAACCCGUAUUUCGAGUUAUUACUUAUUACUUCCUUUUAUCUGUUCAAGCAUGGCAUCUUCUUCAUACCGGCAAGGCAAUGACCAUUUAAAGUUUAUAAGCAACUCACCUCACUUUUUCAAAAUAAUUCUCCAAGACACUAUCCAGAAUGGAAAACUUGGCGUUCCCAGAAAAUUUGUGAAAAAUCAGGGAAAUAGCAUGUCAAGCCCAGCAAUGCUGAGUGUCCCAUCUGGUGAAGUAUGGAAGGUGGAACUGACAAAAUGUAAUGGCAAAAUAUGGUUUGAAAAUGGCUGGCUAGAAUUUUCAAACCAUUACUCUCUGGACUUUGGGCAUCUUUUGGUUUUUAGAUAUGAUGGGAAUAGCAAUUUCCAUGUAGUCAUCUUUGAUAGGACUGCUACAGAGAUCCUAUAUCCAUACACCAGAUAUAAUCAUAUUCAUAGACGAUCCAAUAUUGACAAAUCCAAAGAUGAUGACUCUACACCGAACCUAGAGGACAUCUCUACAAGCAGAAAAUUGAGAGAGAAAUCACAAAUGCCAUGUCCACAGCCUUGUAAGAUGAUGCACAGUACUAAUUCAGCUAUCAAAACCGAAAUCGAGUGCGAUGGGAAGUCUGAAUUCCUAGCUCAACAAAUUAGGUAUGAAGGAUGUCCAGCUAGAAAUGGUGAUAAAAGCACUAGACAUCGUGUAAUUCAACAAUUGAAGCCUCAUGAAAAGGAUGAUGCUCUUGAGAGAGCUAGUAAAACUUUCAAAUCCGAGAACCCAUUUUUCCUGGUUGUCAUGCAACCAUCAUAUGUUGGUCUCAGUCACAGUAAAGGAUAUAGACUGGCCAUACCAGCUAACUUUGUGAGAAAACAUUUGAUGAAAGAGCUUUGUUCUAUAACCCUUUGCAACUCAAGUGGGAAAACUUGGAUUGUUACCUUCAAGAACAAUCAAAUAGGGAAAAAGCAAACUUCAUAUCUACUAACUGGUUGGGGUACUUUUGUACAUGAUAACAAUGUCCGAGUCGGUGAUGCUUGUGCCUUCGAGCUGAUAAAUAGCAUCGAAAUAUCCUUCAAUGUAGUCAUUUACCAAGGUCCACAUACAAAGUGUUAUCAGUCAUUGUCUUCAACUGAUAUCAUUCGUCCCAUGAAACGGAAGGAUCAGUCAUAUGCAAGUCCAAGCGGCUCGGAAACAUUGACUGCUCUCGAAAAAGCUAAAGCUUUUCAAGUAGCUAGUGCCUUCAAAUCUGAAUAUCCAUUUUUUAUUAGUGUAUUACAGCCAUCAUAUUCACGUAGAAUGAAUAUACCAGUGAUAUUUGCUAGGAAAUAUCUAGCAAAGAUGCACAAAGAGGCCAUACUUCUCCUUUCAAAUGGAAAAUCAUGGCCAGUAAUAUAUUGUCAGCACAAGAUUGAAAGUACAGGGGCAAAUGCAAUAUUCGGUAGUGGUUGGCGUAGGUUUUCUCAUGAUAAUAAGUUAGAAGUCGGUGAUAGUUGUGUCUUUGAACUGAUUAUGGCUGCUGAAACCUCAAUGAAAGUAACCAUUUAUAAGAAGCAGGCUGUCAAAGACUCAUCUUUGGCUGAUAAUAGUAGAGAGAAACAAGUUGAACUUCAUGAAAGCUCGGUGAUUGGAACCAAAUCUGCUUUGAUGAAUGAGAAAGAAGAUACGUCUAAUCUGCUUCUUGAUUAUAACUGCGAUGCCUCGGGAGAAACCUUGGAUGACAUUUUGAUAUCAAAUCUCAGUUCUCCAGGCAAGGCCUUAGAAGAGGCAAGUCAAAGCUAUCAAAGCUUUACAAGAGAAUGAAGCAAUCCAAGAUACCAACCAGUCAGAUCGAUGUGUUUGAUUCGCUGAAUAGUUAUGUUUUAAUGUUUUCCUUAGUCAUGACUGUAUAACAUGCUACUGAUGCUGUCUUGAUGAACAUUUCACCUCAAUAAGGUGCAAUUUUCCUGUAAAAUUAGUUUGCUAUCACUCUUGGUUCUCAUGUUCCAUUGUAGCAUUUCGUGAAUUAGGGACCGAUGUAUUCGUUGUCAGAGAGAGCACAGCUUUGGUUGCUACUGAAAUAAACACACCAAUACGGGUGUUUUCAGAUCUA